AUGCUUCCACUCUUCAUCAAGUUCAAUGUAUUCAAUCUAUUAUUCCUUCAGAUAUUGAUUGCAAUAAGUGGAAACUAUGGUAUAUUCAAUCUAAACUCAAUGGUUAUAUCAUUGAUAUUCCUUGAUGAUUCAAUAUUCCCAUCAACAAUAUCAAGUGUAAUCAAUUAUAUUAUAACAAAUAAUGAUCAGACGAUUGGUGGCAUCAUGUACGAAGCGACCUUUGCAUCCAUCGCACUUGGUAUCGUAGCCAUCACCCUCAUUCUAUCAUUCAUCCCACUUACUCAGUUGACACGAGGAAUGGUUGGCUUUAGCAACAAGUUGGUCGUACCGUAUAUGUAUGUUUCCAAGUUUGGAUUGCUAAACUAUUAUGGUUUGUUUGCUUCGAUGACUACAAGUAGGAAGGAGAUAUUGUUCCAGGGAUCAACGGAUGGACAGGAGUGGCAUCAAUAUGAGUUCAAUUGGAAGCCUGGUGACUUGGAUGUCCAACCUCGAUUCAUUAUUGGUCAUCUACCAAGAUUAGAGUGGCGACUAUGGUUCUGCCAAUUCGAAUCAUUCGGUACAACUGGAGCAUGGUUCGAUAGUUUCUGCGACAAACUAUUGCGCAAUGAACCAUCUGUCGUCGGCAUGCUUAGGAAGAACCCAUUUGCACAAGGUACACGACCCAAGUAUCUUAGAUGUCUGAUCGCAUCUUAUAAGUUCUCAGAGAAGAAUCCUUAUCGUGCUGUACUAAGGCCAAGGGAGUAUUCAAAGAAGGAGACACAAGAACUGUGUCAACAAGUUGAUGCCCAGGGCCAGGCCACUAUCCCAUCUGACAAGAAGUAUGAGGAAGGCAAGUGGUGGCGCAAGGGCAAGUCCUUCCUCUACUAUCCCAUCCUAUCACUAAAGGAUGGUGAGCUUGUAUAUAGAGUUCAAAGAUUGGAAUAG